AUUGAACUGGUACUCUGCCCUACAUGAGUCUUAUAUAUCGAAGCAGGGUACCAUUGAAGAAAAUUCCAAUAUGGCAGAAAAAACGAAAACUGGCUGACACUUGAAGUAUAUUGAAAUGAUGGAAAAGAAUCUCCGAAAGAAGAAAGAGUCUUCCAAUGGUGCUGGUAGUAAUCGAUCAACCCCAGCUAGUGCAGCUAGAAUGGCCUCAAAUGCUCUUACCAAGUCAGCUGACAACAAGAGCCGCGCUUCUAGCAGCAAAUCCAUAACGUCCAGCAUAGGAUCUGUUACCAAGUCUCAGAAUGAUUUUGGGAAUGGUUUAGAUGUCACAAAGCCAGAGCUAAUCACGGGUUAUGAUCUUCGUGCCCAUCUUCAGCAGAUAAUGAGGUUUUCAGAUGAUGAUGAAGAUGAUGAUGAUGACAUGUACUAUUCAUCAGAUGAUGAUGAGAGCAUUGAAAGUUUUGAUGACAAAGAUGAUCGUGAUGAUGAGUUGCGUAAACUUGCUUUGGAAGCUCCAGAAGAUGGUCAGACUCGAACCCCACUGCCAACUGGGAUGAACAAUUGCCAGUCACUGGUCCCUAUCAGUGAAGAGGAAGGAGAAGAUCUAGAUAGUGAAGAGGAAAAUGAAAUUAUGAAGGAAAUACGUAAUGAGAUAACCAACAAUAUCAGACAAGAGAUGAAAUCUGAAUUAGAACUCUACCAGGCUAAGAUGAAAAAACUGGAAGGAAAUGCUGAUGGUACAAGUGGAGUAAGCAGUGGGGAACAAGGUUCAGAUAGCAAGGGAAAUUUGCAUGCUGAUCUGGAAGACUUGGAUCCAAAACUUAAAAAUGCCAUUAUCAAGAUGAGAAAACUCGAUAAGAUACUCUCAAAGAGGGUGAGACGAGAAAAGGAGGUCAAAAGAGACAGAAUUUUACUGGAGAGAAGAUUGAGGAGAGAGAUAGAAGAAAUACACAAAGAGAAGAAGGAUGAAUACAAGGAAGUAUUAAACAAUGAACACAAGUUCCUUGCCCUUGAACUGCCCCCUAGACAUAAUGAAGGUGUAACUGUGCCUGAUGAAUUUACUGGAGAGGAGGUGUUUGCCACACAGCUGAACGAGGAUGAUUAUCCAGGUCUUCAUCCAAGGAACAAGUCAAGGAAAGCCCACAGUCGAUCCACACACAAAAGUCAUGGGGACAGUGAGAGACAUGGUAGCGAUGAUGAGAAAUCACGAGGUGAUGCUAGUUCUGUCGCCAGUGGAAGUACUGAAGGAAGAAAACAUAAAAAGAAAAGGAAAAAAGAUUUUAUUAAAAGAAAUAAGGAGUUGGCUGCAGAUGCUAGUAAUGCUAUAGCUAUGACAGAGGAAGAGAAGAAGAGGUUAGAUGAUCUGCUGAAAGAUGUGGCAAAUAUUCCUGAUAUACCAGAACAUGCUGAACUGGAUGAGAGUAAUCCAUUCCAGCUGGCUGUGAAACCUGGUGAGGGUUUCGUACCUGAUCCGGAGGAGUUACGAUCCUUGACAUCAAUUGAUUCUCGUCUUAAAGAAUUAAUGCCACCAGAUGACUAUCAGUCAAUUGCUUCAUCAUCCAUGAGUCAUUUGCCACAGAAUAAGCUGUUCACACAUACUGGAGUGAAACAUCCCUUUGACUGGGAAAACCGGGGUGAGAGGGCACUGUUUCAAAAUGCCGAGCAACGAGAAAUGAAUGAACGAAUGUUAGCCAUUGAAGACGAGCUUGCCAGAUUAAAAAACCCGGAGGAUGAGCUUGAAACUCCAAGGUUGGGUGAGGACCAGCUUCAAGAUCUCAUCGAGCAAUGUGUUACAUCUUUGUCCAUGACCUCUAUGUCAAGAAUGACCUUGAACACUGAGUCAAGGACAUCCUUUGCAGACACAGAGUCAGUUGUCAGUCAUGCAAUGGAUGGUACAGUAGAUAAUACACCUAGGUCUCCCAGAUCUGCAAGACAAGAAAUCUUGGAUAAUCCACCUAAGUUAGCACCAGAAGUGUUGCAGAAGCUUUUAUCAGAGGCCUACCAUCCUCUCUCUAAACAACUUAGUACUCUGAAAGAGGUUGAAGAUGAAGAAGAGGAAGAAACAUCUCCUAUACCAUCCGAAGUUUGGAAGUUGAUUUCUAUGGAAACAGUUGAUGAAAGCCAGACAAUAGAUAGCAUUAGAGAAAGUCUAGACACUCAAAACAAUGGCAGGGUGUUAGACUCUGUCAGUGAAAAAACAAAUAGAAAUGAUAUAGGGUCAAAUAAUGUUAGCGCUAGAAAUGGAUUUAGGACACUGUCACGGAAUUCAUCAGCGUCUAGUCUUGCAAGUGUUUCAGAUCUUGGCACAGGAAGGGAGACCAAGGAGAAAGAGCCCUUUAGGUUGCCAGAAAUAGAUCCCUCAGGAAGCUUGGUUACCCAGGGUUUGAAUAAUCAGCGACGCCCCGGGAGCAAUGCUUCAGCACGCACACCAGUAAAUAUGGUGCAUAACAGUUUUUCUGAUUCUGUGAUUGAUAACAUGGGUCCAUCAGAUUCUAGACUUGAACUUAUGUCCCUAGACGGAGAAAUUAUCAGCCCCCAUCCUCCGAGCAGGGAGAGAAGAGAGGGUAGUGGACACAAAUCAAGGACAGUAACUCCAGCCAACAGAUCUAAUGUAACGUGAUGUAGGAUAGAUACAGUACUGAAAAAGAAACCUAUGGUAUAAAGUGUAUUUGAAGGUGCUUUGAAUGAAGUUCUGCUUUAUUUAGUGAUGUUAUUUAAGACAUGUUAUACAAGUUCCAAACAUAUUAUAGAUUUGUGCAUGGAUAAUGGUAAACUGCAGCAGUUUCAAAGGAUGGAUCACAUUAUAUGCAGAAAGUAUGCUUGUAUUUGAAGCUAUACAAUGAAAAGUACCAAAACUAGAAAUUCCAUACUGUGACAAGACAUUAUAUUUUAACUUAAGCUUAAAAUUCACUUAAUAUUAUUUAUGCAUUAAUACUCUAUUUAUUGUAUUUUGCUAGCAAAAAUAUAGACUGACUUUUAUAAGGACUGAAGUAAGAUCAUAAUUUUCAUCAUUUUGGAGCUGAAAGGGUAUUACUGAAAUGAUUGAUAAGCUGUAACAUGCAAUUAUUAAAUCUAUAUAUUCCAGCCUGUUGAACCAUAUUUAAGACAGUACCUCUAUGGCCUGUGUAUUUAACACAUUUGCUAUGCAAUUUCUGAAACCGUUCAAUUGCUACACUAUUGGUUGAUGACACUUCUACAAGUUUGUUUUAAAACUUGACAUAGGUGUGUGUUCACUAAAAAAAUAAGAUUUUAUCAAUGAUUAAAGUACAUAACCUUUUACACACAUGCUCAUGCCCACACACACAUGCCCAAACACAUUAUAUGUUUUUAAUGACUGACCUUAUCCCCUUUUUGUGUCAGUCAUUCUUCCCAAAUGUUUUUUCUAUCCAUACAUUUUAUUGCACAUUUAUUAGUAUAGAUGGAAAGCUGAUAGUACAUGAUUGUUAUAUCUCCCACCAUACAGUGGUGUUGGAGACAUAUUGAUUUACUUCUGUUUGUGUGUUUAUCUGUCUGUCUGUCUGUCACAAAGCUUGUCCACACUCUAAGUCAAACAUUUCUCAUCCGAUCUUCACCAAACUUGAACAAAAUGUGUUUGCCAAUAAGUCCUCGGCCAAGUUUGGUAACUAGCCAAAUCGGCCCAGGUACUUCGGAAUUAAGGCCCUUAAACAUAAUUACCGAUACAGCGUUGUAGACCGGUUACUCCAGCAUGUGAAUAUCAGUAGGCCGCAAACAGUAUGCAAAGACAGACUUACUAUUCAGAUGAUUUGGCAGUUGUGGGAGACAUGGGCUUUUCUCAAAAGCACCUCUAGAUAGUUUAUUAAAGUCAUGACACUAAAAUGUUUUAAUUUGAACCUCUACGAUUGAGGAAUUGGUUUCGUUGACUUCAGGUCUCUCUUUGCCUCAAACUGCUAUGGUUUUGAAAUCCAGCGUCCGAUGUAGAACUCUUUCAGCCUGGCCUGCAGAUCAGCUUUUGUUCUACCAAGGUGCCAGCCUAUGUGUAAUAACUUUAUGAAAUAUAUUUGAGCCGCACCAUGAGAAAACCAACAUAGUGGUUUUGCGACCAGCAUGGAUCCAGACCAGCCUGCGCAUCUGCGCAGUCUGGUCAGGAUCCAUGCUGUUCGCUAACAGAUUCUCUAAUUCCAAUAGGGUUUGAAAGCGAACAGCAUGGAUCCUGACCAGACUGCGCAGACGCGCAGGCUGGUCUGGAUCCAUGCUGGUCGCAAACGCACUAUGUUGGUUUUCUCAUGGCGUGGCUUAUUAUGGAGAAGAAUAUUGUGAUUUAAAGCUGUAAAAAAUGCCAUAUGACCUAAAUUUUGUUUGUGUGACAUGAAAAAAUAAGGGAGAUAACUUACAUAUGUUGUCUUCUACUUUAGAUUACAUCAAUCUAAAUUUUAGGGAUUAAAGGGACCUGCCUCCCUAGUAUGCAUAUCACAACGUUAAAAUAGAUAGUAAUAGUAAUAAAACUGUUUUUAUCAGUAUUUAUGGAGUAAACUAUCAAAUACAUCGGAAUUCUUACUGUAUUAUUUUUAAAGCACCUAUAUUUAUCUUAUGCAUUAAACAGGGUUUUUUGGCAUAUUUUACAAGUUAAUUUGAGUGUGUUAUUCAAGUAUUUCGCAGAUCUCACACAUUGCUUAUUUACAUUUUAUUCACUGUUACCAGUAAAUAAUCAUUAUUUCAAAAAAAAUGUUACCUAUCUGUAUUGUCUUAAGCAACAGAAGGGACACUUCUGUGUAUAUUUGAGAUAUUAAUGUAUGAAUAGAACAAUAUAUUAUAUAUCUGUGAUAUAUUUUAUCUAUGUUUAAAAAGGUAAUGGAGAGAUUUUAGGUUUUAAUAUGUUAAUGUUUACAUGUUGGAAAUUCUUUAUAUUGGAGGAUAUUUGCAGUGGUUAUAUUUUGCUAUUAUUUGCAGAAAGAGUAAACACUUAAGUGUAUUGAACAACCAUAGUUUCAACAGGAUGAAAAUGUACACCUCUUUGUAUGCUUUUGGCUUUUGUUAAUUAAAUUAUGAAAUAUAAAUGAUGCAAAAAUUACCAUGUCUAUGUGUAGUAAUAAAUAUUUGAUACAGUUGCCCUAUAAAUUGAUUGAGAAUAUUGCUGCACAUAAUUAUGCACAGUUUAAUGCUUUAUAAUUGGAUGCACACAUAUUUUAAAGUACAUGUUAUAAGUAUAUAUUUUUUAAUAAACAUGUAUUUUGAAUAUUCCCUCCUUGCGUGCUAAUAAAAGUUAGUACAUAAUUCAUUCAUUCUGGUUAAUGCAGGUUACAUUGUUCUAUAAACUACUUUAUUUAAAAAUAAUAUUAUGAAAAGUUGUUUAGACUUGGUGUAAAAAUUUGAAUUGACAGAACUGAGUUAAGUUGAAUGUAUAGAAUGCAUAUGCAAGAGCAGAUAGGUUGGCUGAAAUCUGACUUUAAGAUUGGCAGUAGUUUCUGAACUGAGUCAGAGUUUUCAGAUUUCAGUUGUAUAUGGUUUUGAAGACUAUAAAGGAUUUAUUUUGUUAUACCUGGGAAGUUGUAAUAAUUUUUAGCUCACCUGUCACAAAGUGACAAGGUGAGCUUUUGUGAUCGCGCGGUGUCCGUCGUCCGUCCGUUCGUAAACUUUUGCUUGUGACCACUCUAGAGGUCACAUUUUUCAUGGGAUCUUUAUGAAAGUUGGUCUGAAUGUUCAUCUUGAUGAUAUCUAGGUCAAGUUCAAAACUGGGUCACGUGCUGUCAAAAACUAGGUCAGUAGGUCUAAAAAUAGAAAAACCUUGUGACCUCUCUAGAGGCCAUAUAUUUCUCAAGAUCUUCAUGAAAAUUGGUCGGAAUGUUCACCUUGAUGAUAUCUAGAUCAAGUUCAAAACUGGGUCACGUGCCCUCAAAAACUAGGUCAGUAGGUCUAAAAAUAAAAAAACCUUGUGACCUCUGUAGAGGCCAUAUAUUUCAUAAGAUCUUCAUGAAAAGUGGUCAUAACGUUCACCUUGAUGAUAUCUAGGUCAGGUUCGAAAGUGGGUCACGUACCAUCAAAAACUAGGUCAGUAGGUCAAAUAAUAGAAAAACCUUGUGACCUCUCUAAAGGCCAUAUUUUUCAUGGGAUCUGUAUGAAAGUUGGUCUGAAUGUUCAUCUUGAUGAUAUCUAGGUCAAGUUCGAAACUGGGUCACGUGCGAUCAAAAACUAGGUCAGUAGGUCUAAAAAUAGAAAAACCUUGUGACCUCUCUAGAGGCCAUAUUUUUCACGAGAUCUUCAUGAAAAUUGGUCAGAAUGUUCACCUUGAUGAUAUCUAGGUCAGAUUCGAAAGUGGGUCACGUGCCCUCAAAAACUAGGUCAGCAGGUCAAAUAAUAGAAAAACCUUGUGACCUCUCUAGAGGCCAUAUUUUUCAUGGGAUCUGUAUGAAAGUUGGUUUAAAUGUUCAUCUUGAUGAUAUCUAGGUCAAGUUUGAAAGUGGGUCUUGUGACCUCUCUAGAAGCCAUAUUUUUCAUGGGAUCUGUAUGAAAGUUGGUCUGAAUGCUUUUCUUGAUGAUAUAUAGGUCAAGUUUGAAACUGGGUCAACUGCGAUCAAAAACUAGGUCAGUAGGUCUUAAAAUAGAGAAACCUUGUGACCUCUCUAGAGGCCAUACCCUUGAAUGGAUCUUCAUGAAAAUUGGUCAGAAUGUUCACCUUGAUGAUAUCUAGGUCAAGUUUGAAACUGGGUCACGUGCCCUAAAAAAACUAGGUCAGUAGGUCAAAUAAUAAAAAAAACCUUGUGACCUCUCUAGAGACCAUGCUUUUCAUGGGAUCUGUAUGAAAGUUGGUCUGAAUGUUCAUCUUGAUGAUAUCUAGGUCAGGUUUGAAACUGGGUCAGCUGCAGUCAAAAACUAGGUCAGUAGGUCUAAAAUAAUUAAAAUCUUUUGACCUCUCUAGAGGCCAUAUUUUUCAAUGGAUCUUCAUGAAAAUUGAUCUGAAUGUUUACCUUGAUGAUAUCUAGGUCAGUUUCGAAACUGGGUCAUGUGCGGUCAAAAACUAGGUCAGUAGGUAUAAAAAUAGAAAAACCUUGUGACCUCUCUAGAGGCCAUAUUUUUCAUGAGAUCUUCAUGAAAAUUAGUGAGAAUGUUCACCUUGAUGAUAUCUAGGUAACGUUCAAAACAGGGUCAUGUACCUUCGAAAACUAGGUCCAUAGGUCAAAUAAUAGAAAAACCUUGUGACCUCUCUAGAGACCAUAUUUUUUUAUGGAUCUUCAUGAAAAUUGGUCAGAAUUUUUAUCUUGAUAAUAUCUAGGUCAAGUUCAAAACUUGAUCACAUGAGCUCAAAAACUAGGUCACUAUGUCAAAUAAUAGAAAAAACGAUGUCAUACUCAAAACUGGGACAUGUGGGAAGAGGUGAGCGAUUCAGGACCAUCAUGGUCCUCUUGUUUAGUUUGCUAGAGCUUUACUGAUCUGACUUGGUUUAAGCCAGAGCUCAUGAAAUAUCACCAGUGUCAACUUAAUUGGUUUUAUUGGACAAAAUCACCCACUCCCGUGUCUCAUUAAAUAAAAUCAACAGUUAUCCUUAGUUUUGCACCUCCCGACAUCUCUGCCCACUUUGUCUCCACAUUUUGAUUUUCCAAUUUAAAAUCUGCAAAAAAUCAUUUUUCUGUAAGAGAAGUUCAGUUUUUGAACUUUAAAAUUUUGAAAAUGGGAGAAUAUUGAGAAGGGGAUUGUGUGAUAGUGCGAUCAGUUCGUAACAGAAAAUGCCAAAAUACUUCAGAAAAUGGGAAAAGCACCAAAAUUGGCACAGCUAUUUAUUAAAGCAUUAAAAACAUUUUUUUCAUGGGACCCAUUUGAUAUCUGUCAAGAUGGCCGAUAUGGCGACCAUUUUCCAAAAUGGCCGCCAAAACUCAAUAUUUACCUUAGAAGAUUCUAAUGAAAGGUCAUUAUAUUUACAUUCACCCCAAAAUGCACUAAAUAUAAAUGUAUAUAAUAAAAUAAAUCCUAAAUUUGCAUCAAAUGCAAAAAUAACAAUUCAAAUGAUGUUAGUUUCUUUCUGUUUCCAUGGUAACGGCAAAAAUCUAACCUUUAAAACUUAGUUUAAUAUUAUCAUUGUGUAGUUUUCAUAUUUUAAAGAAUAUUUUGUUUUAAUAUAUGUAAUUUAUAUUA